AUGGACGCUGUUCCAUUUCGCGCGACUGACGGGCAUACGCACCACACCUGGGCCAAGACAUUUCUCAGCCGGCCAGAGCUUUACAUACAACCACAUACUCUUGAAGAGGUCCAAAAGAUUGUUGCGAUCGCUCGUCGAAGUCGCAAGCGGAUUGUCGUCGUGGGAAGUGGCCACUCCCCCAGCGAUUUGACAUGCACGUCAUCGUGGAUGGUCAAUCUGGAUUACUACAACCAGGUCCUCAAAGUGGACACACAAAAGAAGACACUGUUUGUGCAGGCUGGAAUACGCCUAAAAGACCUGAAUGCGGCAGCGAACAAGCAUGGUCUUACCAUGCGAAACCUGGGUAGCAUCAACGACCAGUCGAUUGCUGGUGCAAUUGCGACGGCGACGCAUGGUAGUUCGCUGAGGCAUGGGCUGCUGUCGGACAGCGUUCGCUCUCUCAGGAUCGUGCUAUCUAAUGGUCAGGCGAUCCGUUGUUCGAAAGAUCAGAAUGAGGACCUGUUUCGCGCCGGUCUUGUGUCUCUUGGUGGUGUCGGCAUCGUGGCAGAAGUGGAGUUCGAGAUGGUCGAUGCUUGCAACAUCGAAUGGACACAACAGCUUCUCCCUCUCAGUGAGAUUCUCUCACGAUGGGAGACUGAUCUAUGGACCAAGCGAGAAUACACACGAGUCUGGUGGAUGCCAUAUACCAAACGUGGCAUUCUGUGGUCGGCAGAAAAAACCGAUAAGCCUCUUCGAAAAGCACCAACGUCCUGGUAUGGUGGCAAGUUGGGAUUCCACACCUACCACAAUUUACUUUACCUGUCGAACCUCAUCCCGUGGAUCUUACCGACAGUCGAAUGGUUCAUUUUCGGCAUGCAGUACGGCUUCAAGACGCAUUACAGCACGUCUGCCGUGCAGCCUCUCCAGGAAGGUUUACUGAUGGACUGUCUCUACUCGCAAUUUGUAAAUGAGUGGGCAAUUCCGCUCAGGAAAGGUCCCGAAGCAAUCAAUCGACUAUCAGCAUGGCUCCACCGCGAGCCUGGCGGCGGCGACAUUCCCUUCAGCGCCAAGAACCUCUGGGUCCACUGUCCCGUCGAGGUCCGCGUUUCAGACACAUCCAGGCGAGGCGAGCAUCCACGACCCUUCCUCGACAACUCCGUCGCCGACGAGCCGACUUUGUAUCUCAACGCAACCCUUUACCGAGCAUACCUCCAAGAUCCUCCAUGUACCGCCCGCUACUACGAAGCCUUCGAAUGGCUCAUGAAGGAACUUGGAGGCAAACCUCACUACGCCAAGAAUUUCUCGUACACCAACCACAAUGAUCUCAAGGACAUGCUUGGCGACGGCCUUGCGCAAUGGACGAAAGUCCGCAACGAGGCUGACCCUGAGGGAAUGUUCCUGGGUGAAUGGCACCGGAGAAAUCUUGGAUUGGGUGAGGGUUUGACCAAUGCUGAGCGCGAAAUCUCGCGCCAGAAAGCGUCAAACGGCGGGCAAUUCUGGGCGGGAGAGGUAAUUUCUGGAAGUGAUACGCCGACGCAUUUCAGUGCGAGGGAGUUGAGAUCGGAGAGCCCGAGUGCGAGCUCGAAUGCGUCGAGUUUCGAUCUGAUGCAUGCGUCAGAGGCGGAGAAGAGCAUGCUCUACACGGGCUCGGAGUACGAUGACGAUGAUGAUGACAGCGUGUUGACGGCAAGGAAUUAA